AUGCUCAGUAGCCGAUUGGAUACGCAUCUAAAUCUGCAUGACGCACAGUUCGGAUUUAGACCCGGACUGUCCACUGAAAGUGCAGUGCUGUGUCUUAAGCAUACUGUCCAAUACUAUACGAACAGGAACACACCAGUUUAUGCGUGUUUCCUGGACCUUUCAAAGGCCUUUGAUUUGGUGUCUUACAAUAAGCUGUGGCAUAAAUUAAAGACAGAGACCACACUACCUGAAGGCCUUAUACGUCUAUUGAAGUACUGGUACGGUAACCAGAAUAACAUUAUUAGUUGGGCGGGCUCGCUGUCGGAGCCAUACAGGCUGGAAUGUGGGGUAAGGCAGGGAGGAGUGACCUCGCCGAAGCUUUUUAGCUUGUAUGUGAACCGUCUGAUUGAGGAGCUGAGCAGCACCAAAGUCGGAUGCUCUAUUGAUGGUACAUUUGUUAACAAUAUAAGUUACGCUGACGACAUGGUGCUGCUGAGCCCUUCAAUCAAAGCCCUUAGAAAAUUAUUAGGGAUCUGUGAGAGGUAUGCAGUGGCUCAUGGCCUUAGGUAUAAUCCCGAAAAGAGCGAAAUGCUUAUAUUUAAAGCAGGUAAUAAAUGUUAUCCCACAGUACCGUCGGUAACAAUAAGUGGCACCUCGCUUAAAAUAGUAACAAAGUUCAAGUACUUGGGGCAUUGGGUAAAUGCUGACCAGAGCGAUGAGAUGGACAUGGAACGGGAACGUAGGGCGCUGGCGGUCAGAAGUGACAUGCUUAUCCGCAGGUUUGCAAAGUGCACAAAUGAAGUUAAAAUAACUCUAUUCAGAGCAUACUGUCAAUCUUUUUACACUUGCAGCCUGUGGAUUAAAUAUACUAAGAAGGCCUACAGCGUCCUGCGUGUCCAGUAUAAUAAUGCGUUUAGGGCGCUGUUGGGGCUCCCGCGACACUGCAGUGCCUCGGGGAUGUUCGCAGAGGAGCAUACAGAUGGCUUUUAUGCAAUUAUGCGUAAGCGUGUGGCAUCUCUGUGGAGGCGGAUACGCGCGAGCACCAACAGCAUCCUGCGUACAGUUGCGGACCGGUUUGACGGAUCCAUAAUAAAACAUUGGAUCACCAUGCAUGUUAUGCCGUCGGACCGAGCCGCUAAAUAA